AUGUCAAUUCAUCCGGUCAAGUACUUACACCAAGUUGUGAUACCAGCAGUUGAUCAGAAUGAUGAGGAUGACAAUGAGGAUUGGGGGGGAAAGAACAGCGGAAAGCAAAGGAGAAAAAAGAAGGAGUUUGCUUUGGAGGUGGACACCUGUGGGCUUCCGGUCAUACCGGAUAUCGAGGACCUCAGCCUAGAGACAAAAAAGUCUCUCAUCCGCACAUUCCUCACAAGACACUACAGGUUUUGCAGUCAGAAGCCAAAGGCUUCCAUUCCUUGGUCCGCAAUCAAGGACCCGUCAAAGCUUCAGUUGCAUGAAGCUGAUAAGCUGUUAGAGCUCUGGCAUCAGGGACAAAAGGACGAGGUUCCAUCAACAUUUGAAUUCAAAGGCUGGCAAAACCACAACAAGGAGAUGAGAGAACCAGUGAAGAGGACCUCCGGACAGGUGGAACAAGACUCCAGUAGUGAGGGGGAGGAUAGUGAUGAAGGUGCUGGCGAUGGCAUGAGGAUGGAGCCCAAGUCACAAAAGCUGACCAAAUGGGUGGAGCAGGAGUCGAGUAGUGAGGGGGAGGAUAGUGACGAAGGUGCUGGCGAUGGCAUGAAAUCUGGUCUGGCAACUGCAAAGACCAAGGUUCCGGUUAAAACACCAACCAGAAGGAUGGAGCCAGAGUCACGAAAGCCGACCAGACAGGUAGAGCAGGAGUCGAAUAAUGAGGGGGAGGAUAGUGAUGAAGGUGCUGGAUAUGGUAUGAGAUCUGGUCUGACGACAGCAAAGACCAGUGUUCCAGUUGAAAAACCAACCAGCAAGCCGACUAGGAAGACAACCGGAAGGAUGGAACACCAGUCAAGUCAUGAGAGAAAUGUAGGUGAUGAAGAAGUCCAAUUACUUCCUUCAAAGUCCAAAUCAAUUGGAAGGCGAAAUCGAGCUGUCCAAUCCGAUUCAGAGCAGGAAGAUGCUGUCCCGGUGAGGAAGAUGCAUGGAAAGGAACCUACACCAAAAUCCAUGGCACCUUCGACGAUGCAAGCUACUUGUAAAACAAGGAAGACAACCAAAGCUCAAAUUGAUAACAUGGAGCCAAAGAGAUCAGCGAGAACCACAAAGGUGUCUUAUAAAGUGAACUACAUGCAAAGGCAGUGA